AUGGCUUCCUCUUAUUCAUAUCCUGAAUUAUUUUUGGCGGGUUUUAUAUUUACCUUGCCAUUUUUAUAUGAGAAAAGUAAUGUCUUUCGAUAUUACUUAAAGUUUUUUCUGUAUUAUGCUUACGUGUUAAUAACUUGUACGGUGCUUUUGCCAGUGGUUUUAAUAUAUCCUCGCGACGUAACAAACCUAAUAGUUGCUUCCAGAUUUUGCAGAUAUGCAUCAUAUAUUGUAGGUAUAGAAUGGGAAUUACAGGGGUUGGAACACUGGGAUAAUGAGCAAUGUUAUAUUGUGAUAUCUAAUCAUCAAAGCUCGCUAGAUAUUUUAGGUAUGUUUGAAAUGUGGCCUCGCAUGAAGCGCUGCACGGUGGUUGCGAAAAGACCUCUAAUGUACUCUGGCGCUUUCGGGUUCGGCGCCUGGCUUUCUGGUCUUGUAUUUAUUGAUCGAUUAAAAACUGAAAGAGCUCGCCAACUUAUGAAGAAAGCAACUCAAAGAGUGAUUAAAGAAAGAACAAAGCUCUGGAUAUUUCCUGAAGGAGCAAGAUUCAAUAAAGGAAGUAUACAGAACUUUAAGAAAGGUGCAUUCUAUUUAGCUAUUGAUGCUCAGAUACCAAUUCUACCAGUGGUCUUCAGUCAGUACUAUUUUCUUGACAGUGAGACCAAAACAUUUGAACCGGGAAAAGUUAUAAUAACAACAUUGCCUCCUAUUCCUACUAGUGGAAUGACUAGUAGUGAUGUUGAAACAUUGUCAGAAAGCACUCGCCAAAAGAUGAUGGAAGUCUUUCAUGAUAGUUCCAAAGACCUUGUGAUGCAAAGAAAAGUUGCUAUUUAA